AUGGAGUUCGACAAGGCAGACUUCGCCCGUUGUUUUUUCUUUCUUGUCGGCGGUGCAGUCGAACUGGCGCCUCUUGUGUCGGAUCGCGACAACUUAUUACGAACAUUCAAAAAAGGAACUGACAGAGAUGAUAUCGUUUUCGGGGACAUCAUCAAUGUUGCAGAGUCGAGACCCCAAGUCCGAAUGGAAGACACAUUCCAGAGCAAUCGCGUCUUCCUGGCCGGUGGUGUGUCAACCACAAUCAACGUGGUUUGGAUGUCUGACUUUGGAUUUAUCAUAAAUGCUCCCAUGUGCACACGCCGGCGAGCGGACAGCUCCAGCAUCCAAGAUGCGUUCAAUCUCGCUUGGAAACUAGCACUCGUCGAGAAGGGCCUCUCUGAUCCGAGCCUGCUGUCGACCUACAGCGAAGAACGUGUACCCGUGAUUAUCGACAUGCUGAAAAUAACCAGCGAGCUGUUCCGCAACGUUGCUACUGCAACUAAGGACGAAGCUGGCCUCUCACGUGCAAUAUUGGCGCUACGGACGCGCAAUGACCAUGUCAAACAAUUUGGAGUAAAUUACCGAUGGAGCUCCAUCGUUCUUGACGAGCGACGCCCUGCGGACGAGGGCGAAGAUCUUCGCGCGAAUGCGUACGGCUCGCAGAAAGAUGAUGUGCUCAGGGCAGGAGAUCGGGCGCCUGACGCGCCCGACCUGGUCGACGGCGAGGGGAAGACCUAUUCUCUUCUGCGCGUCUUUGGCACCACGCAUCACACUGUGGUUAUCUCCUCCAUGAACGAGGAGGUCCUGGAGCCAUACCUUUUGCUGUUAAGAGCUGGAACAAAAGGCAUUGUCAGAAUUCUGGUUGUGUCCCCACAAGGUUCCUCAGGGCUUUCGAGGGUAGAUGACGUCUAUAUGAUCAUCGACGACGAUGGCGGGCAUGCAUAUGUGACUUACCGAGCCUUGGAUAAGGAGACCAUCGCCGUGGCUGUCAGACCUGAUGGUGUGGUGGGCGCGAUUGCACGUGGGGUUGAAGGCUUGGGGAGAUACUUCGAGAAGAUAUUCCUCUAG